CCCAGUUAAUGAAGGCAGAUUUGGAAAUUUUACUGAUCGAACAGCAUUACAAAGAACAGUAAAAAAACGAACUGGAAAACAUAAAAGACGCAGACGUAAACCUCUCCACAAAAACGCUAAUAUUCUUGAAAUAGUUAUGGCUAAAGGUUCAAGUCCAACGUCAGAUUCAAAACUGAAUAAUUCAAUCGUCAAAGAUAUCAUAAAAAAACUGAACGAGAAUCCAGAGACUAGUUUGGAGGAGUUCAAGGACAUUCACGCAAAUACGACCUUGAAUGUAUUGUGGCUGGAAAAUUUGGUAGAUUCUCCUAGAAAUUUUACAUCAUCUAAGAACCUAA